GGUAGGAAUUCUGAAGAAAUUAUAUUCUACAGCAGAACGACGGAGGAGAAGAAACUGUACUCUGAUCGGAGAGAUCGAAUUCUUGUUGAGGAUUUUGGAUUUGAGAUUUUUUAUUUUUGAAAGUUCACAGGAAAAUGAUUCACUUUGUGCUUCUUAUAAGUAGACAAGGAAAAGUAAGGUUGACAAAAUGGUAUUCUCCUUAUUCUCAGAAGGAGAGAUCUAAGGUUAUCCGUGAGCUUAGUGGAAUGAUUCUAAAUCGGGGCCCUAAGCUUUGUAACUUUGUGGAAUGGAGGGGACUCAAAGCCGUCUAUAAAAGAUAUGCUAGUCUUUACUUUUGCAUGUGCAUUGAUCAGGAUGACAAUGAAUUAGAGAUCCUUGAAAUUAUUCAUCAUUAUGUUGAGAUUUUGGACCGUUACUUCGGCAGUGUCUGUGAGUUGGAUUUGAUCUUCAACUUUCACAAGGCCUAUUAUAUAUUGGAUGAGCUUCUAAUUGCUGGCGAACUCCAAGAAUCAAGCAAGAAAACAGUAGCAAGAUUGAUAGCUGCACAGGAUUCGUUGGUGGAGACUGCAAAGGAGCAAGCUAGUUCAAUAAGUAAUAUAAUUGCACAGGCCACCAAGUAGGAAUACUUGAGUGUAUGUUUCAGUUUUUGUGAAAUUGAUUUGUUCUGAAGUAUUGUAAUUAUAUGUUAUCUGAACUUGUAUCAAACAACUGAAUGCCUUAUUUUUGCUUGUUGCAUUUGUAGUAUUACACAAAUUGCUUUUUCUGAUUUUCCAGUGAUUCCAUCAAUCUGGCGAAA